AUGCAACAAUUAGGUGUUACUAAUACAGAAACCAUGAGUUCUUUUAUACCUUUAGCAGAAGAAUUUGAAUUAUUAGAAGAACUUAUCAAAAUUCUUUCUCCUUUUGAUGAAGCAACCCAAUUCUUAAACGCUAACGAUGAUAAUUUGACUUUAACGUUUUCACAUCCAUGUAAAAAAUCCAAAAUGUCAACGUUUUUUACGCAUUUACGAACAGAAAACUCUAAUGAUGAAUCUAAUGAGUUUGAUCGGUAUUGUGAACUACAAGAAGUUUCUCUUGAUGAAGGAUCUUGUCCUCUAGAAUGGUGGC